GAAGGCACCCGGUCCGGCCAUGCUGCUGCUGCACGGUUCUGCACUGUGCUGCGGUUCCUGCCCUGCAGCAAGCCCCAUACACCAACACAGGGUACCCAAACCCUUGUCCCUCAUCCCCAGUACGCCCCAGUGAAGGCCUCUUCCCCCUCCUGACCCCGCAGCCCGCUCGGACAGCAGGAGCGUGACUGCAGGGAAGCUCAGCACCGCUGGUUUUCGGCCAGGGCAUUCGCCAGGGUCAGGGUGCAGGGAGGGGGAAGCCGGGUGCCAGCAGGAACGGCGAGGCCCUGCCCUCCCUGGGGCCGCGGCACCGUGGCCCCAAGCGAUAUCGGGGACCGAGGGCUGGGGCUGCUUAUCAGCGGGCUCAGCCGGCAGCAGCGCGGCCAGCUCCGCGGAGAGCCUCGGGGGCAGCGCCGCAGGGUGUGCUGUUCUUCAAGGAUCGCUGGCAUGGUACUUAAGGUGUUCUUUCCUUCAUGCUGCUCCUCAGCAGAAAGUGGCAUUUUGAUCGGGCGUUGGAUCUCGGAACAGAACUCUGCUGUUAUCCUUGCUGUGGUCCAUUUCCCUUUCAUUCCCGUUCAGGUGAAGCAGUAUCUCAGUGAACUCCAACGGGUGACUAAGGUCAAUGUUUCUGUGCUUGGCUCAUGGAACAACAGCAAACAGGAGAAAGAAGAGAGCCUGAGUGAGUUCUUGGAAGACCUUGGGACAAUAUUCUCCCAUGAGCCCUGGAUUCAGAUAAGCAAAGAGGGAGACAGCAAAUUCUGGAGCUGUUCCACCCUUCAGAAACGGUCUAAUAACCACAGGGAAGAAGAAAUCAUCUUAGUGUAUUAUGAUCAGCGCAAAGUUAUGCUUUCCUGUCUGCAUCCCCCUUUGGACACAGGUGCCUCCACUGCCCACGAGGCAGAGGAUGCUUCAAGGCUCUCUGCCAUCUUUGACACCGUGGCAAAGAGCAAGAUACUCUUCAUGACGGACAAAUAUGAUGAUGGGCCCAUCAAGCUGACCCACUGGCAGUCGGAUGGUGUUGAAGCAAGUAUCAUCGUGGAGCUGAUGAAGCAGGCCUCUGUGCCCGCGUGCAUGCUGCUGACAUUCCUGCUUUCGCUUAUCUCUGGGGCCUGCAAGAGCAGGAUGCUGAAGUUUUGGCCUUUGUCUUUCUUGUGGAGCAAACUCUCAACUUGUGAGCAGCUGGCACAUCGGCUGCAGCACCUCCAGGUCAUCAGCAGCAACAAGAAGGCUCAAAACCAGACCCAGCUAAUGAGGAAAGCCAACAUCUUUGUCUCUCUGCUGAUUGAUGUGGCUCUGGGAAUACUGCUAAUGUCCUGGCUGUACAGAAAGAACCGGAUCGGUCACCUUGCUGACACUCUCAUCCCUGUGGCUGAUCAUGUUGCUGAAGAGCUCCAGGACCUGCUCCAGUGGCUAAUGGGAGCACCAGCUGGACUGAAAAUGAACCGAGCUUUGGAUCAGGUGUUGGGCCGUUUCUUCCUUUACCACAUCCAUCUUUGGAUUAGCUACAUUCACCUGAUGUCCCCAUUCAUUGAGAUGAUCCUCUGGUAUGUCGGUCUGUCGGCUUGUCUGGGCCUGACUGUGGCUCUCUGCAUCCUCUCUGACAUCGUUGCACUUCUGACCUUCCACAUCUACUGCUUCUAUGUCUAUGGAGCAAGGCUCUACUGCCUGAAGAUUUACGGCCUGUCAUCCCUCUGGCGCUUGUUCCGUGGGAAGAAGUGGAACGUCCUCCGGCAGCGGGUGGAUUCCUGCUCCUAUGACUUGGACCAGUUAUUUAUUGGCACAUUGCUAUUUACAAUCCUGCUGUUCCUCCUGCCUACAACUGCACUGUAUUAUUUGGUGUUUACCCUGCUCCGUUUGCUGGUGGUGAUUGUGCAAGGCCUGAUACACUUGCUAGUUGAUCUGGUUGACUCUCUGCCUCUUUAUUCAAUCAUCCUUCGGCUCUGCAGAUCCUACAGACUUGCAGCCGGAGUGAAGUUCAGAGUCCUUGAACAGCAGGAUGGAAAACCUCUUCGACUCCUUAUGCAGAUCAACCCUCUGUCGUAUGGCAGUGUGGUACAGACAUACAGGCUGCCUACGUACAGCUGUUACCCUAAGGAUUCCUGGACAUCCCUCUGCAAGAAGCUGUUCCUUGGAGAGCUGAUCUACCCUUGGAAACACAAAGGAGAGAAGCAGGACUAAGCAAAGCAGAAGAGCCAGGACUGAAAGGCUUGGUCAGAAAAACGUACUGACUCCUAAUGCUUUUGGACCAAAGGUAUCUCAGAGCCAACAGCUGCUGGAUCCCUUUAAUUAGAUUUUGUUAAUGUGGGAGGGGCUGAAUUCUUAAAAGCAAGUAUUUUUAAACAUUGUUCUUCAACUUUCCCCUUCCCCUACACGAUGUUUGAGCUGGUUGGUUUCCAGGCUGUUUCUUGUUAACGUGGUGUUAUCCUACCCGCGAUGUCUGCCUGCUGGCACCAGGGGCUAAUGAUUUUUUUCUGAUGCAAAAGGUGAAACCCAUCAGUGCCUCAUGGAACCAGCAUUUAAUGUAAUCAAGGAAGUACCCCUUGAAUGGUUUCAUGCUGUAUAUAUCUUUCCAUGUAAGUUCACAGGGUCAUAUGAACCAGCCCUUCAGGUGGUUCAAAGUCACAAUGUUGAGGUGCAUUCUACCAAAGGGCAUUUUGGACCUUUUAUGCUUCAGCAUUCAAGCCAGCUGAUCAAAGUGAACAUGGAGGAUCAGCUUUUAGAGUCACACACUGAAAAUUGUACAGUGGGAUUAUUCAGGUUCAGGGGAUAUUUAUUCUUUUCCUUUUGGUUGGGCUUGGAUUCCGCCCCCCGGCCAGUGGAGCACCAAAGCAGGUGUGAGCAUAGAAACAAUGGGACUGGAGGCCCAAAAACAUAGACUGUGGUUCAUUUGUGCCUACAUGAAACACAGAGGAUCUCAUCGACGUUUUUCAAAAGCAAAUCUGGGGAGAGCUGAGCCCUGAGCUGACACCAGAACUGGAAGUGCAGGGCGCACAGCCUCAAACCCCAGCCUGCCCAGGCUGACACGGCAGCGAGCCGUGGUAGCUGAGAGCUCAGGGCCCUGCCAAGGCUCAGGGCUUCUUUCUCAGUUGCAGUCCAAGGCAAACACAGCUUUGCUGAGUCCAGCUCCGGCUGUGGUGUCUGCCAGAGGACUGCAGCAGCCCAGCUUGGUAUGCAGCUCAAGCAGCGCAGGGAAGUGUGUGCUGGGUUCCCUUGCAGGGUCAGUACAUCUCCCUGUUUCUCAGGGCCCAGAUGAGAGCCUCUUGUGCUGCCUCAUCUUUUGCACGUUCUGGUGGUCAAAGAGAUUUUGAAGUGAUUUCAGAUGAGGUAUUUAAAGCCACUUCUUUCCCUGUAACUGUAGACACAUUUGUCUCAGGAGGAUUUUCCUGCUUUGGAUGCUACCUCUGCAGUGCAGCAGUGACUGGCUUUUCUGCAUCCUGUUCUGACUGUGUGCUUAUUUUAACAUCUGUUCCCCUUCCCAGUGAGUCUUCUCUUCCCUGUCUUGGGGAGAGUGCUUCUGUGUACAAGAGUGUGAUGUCCCGCUGUGUACUUUGCUGUUGUGCAGACAGUUUUAUACAAUCGUUACCUGAAAGUAAACAGACUCUGGGUCUGCGAGCUCCUCCUGCCCUGACUGAAACAGUGAUGUAGUGUCACGGCACCCUGCUGCUGCUUUGCACUCCCCAAAUGGCUGCGUUAAAUGGCAUGCUGGAUCCUUUCCUCGGCCCCAGAAGGCUCUGUUUGUCCAAGGGCACAGAGGACAGACAAGGAGGAUGUGUGUGUUGUGGCGGUCUGCACCUCCACUCGCAGGUUAAGAAUUUCCUACCCCAGCCCCAUGUCUCGUCUGUGUGCCUGGAGACAGCGCAGAAGAGAAGGAUUACAGCCCCAGGAAUGUUGGCUGCUUUACAGCAUCCCUGGCAGGUACAUUUCGUUUGUCUGUAGCUGCUAACAGCCGCUGGCAGUGCAGCCACUGCCUCUGCAGUCUUAGCUUGAUGGAAAGAAAAUGAAGCUCUGUAGGCAAGUGUUUGGUCCAGACAUUCCUUAGCAGGCAAGCACAGAAGCUGCCCAGGUCUUGCAGUUUUCUUAAGGGCAUGGUGAGGGAAGGCAGCAUUGCACAGGCACUGCUACCAAAAGGUGAUGAUGUGGUUCCUUCGUCCGGGGCCCGGGUGGCAAAAAGCCUCUCCGCCACUGUUGCCGCCUCUGGCUCUGGAUGGGCCAUCAUUAGCUGCAGAAACUGGAGAGAUUCUUGUUGUUCUUUAAGGAUCAGUGCUUAAAACUCAUGUACAAAUACAGUAUCUUCUUUUGGAACUUUGUUGUCUGAGUAUUUCUUCCACUCCAGGUUUGACUAGGUGUGGGCUCUGAUCCAUUUAGUGGGUGAAGGGUCUGAGAAAUGUUUUGUACUUCAGCUUAAGUCACCGUCCUGGAGAGCCAGCCUUACCUGCCACUCAGCAGGGCAGGUUUAUAUUUUACCUCCUCUUGUGUUUCCAUUGGAGUAAUUCAACGAUAUUCCCCCUGCUUCCUCCCAUGCCUGCAUAGUUUGGCUUACUAACUGCUGAGGGACACUUUAUUAUUUUUGGUACUGUGGAAAUACUGUUUCUAAUAUCCUGGCUUUUGAAAUUUCUCUGUAAGACAAAACAGCUCGUGAUGGUCCUGAUCCUGGCUGUCCUUUGGGAUCGAGUGACCUGAAAGCAUCAGGGACAGCACAAAACAGCAAAUGUGACCUUCCUAUUGGGAACCUGCCAAGCAUGUCAGACAUUCCAGCACUGGGUCUGUUCGCUAACGUCUGGUACUGACUCUGGGGAGGAUGAGAUAUCAAAGGGACAAAAAGCUUCUCCACGAACUGAAGCCUGAAUCUUCUGUGACCUGAAGUAGCCCAGCUGGAAGUAACAGCCCCCGGUGGGUGCGAUUCUCCAGUAUCAGGCAGAACCAGUGCCUGAGCUGUCCUGCUGCUUCUGGUACUUGGCGUUCUCCUUGCCUGUGAUGGUGUCCGAGCCUGUGAGUUUCUUCUGCUGGAUAUUUGCCACGUCUCUGUUCUUCCUUUCCAGUCACUAAUGUGAAGUAGCCUUCCCCCACCCUUUUCCGAUUCUGCGCGGAGACAUUACAACAACUUAGCAGACAUCCUGCUCAGGAACAUAUGACCUUAUGGCAUCUCUAAUUAGAAGGUGGGAUCAGCAUCGUCUUCUACAGCAGUGCAGGCUGGCAUUUCCCUGGGGAAGAGACUGCUGAUAAGGUUAUGGCACUAAUUUAUUGUGCCAUAACUUACAGCAGGCAGCAAGCAGUCUUUGCCAACCAUCAUUCAAAGACUGUAAUCUUGCAGGCUUUUUUAUAAUACUGCAUUUCCUUAUUAUUAUUAUUAUUUCUUUUACCUUUUGUUUUCCAGUGCUGGAACAACAUUUGAUUUGCCUCUUUACAUAGGCAUGAUUUUUGCGAAGGAAAAUGUAACUCACUGCAUGUAAAACUCCAUCCUAGGUAGAAGUUCUGCCUCUGAGAAAUACUUUCCUUUCCUAACCAGAAUAGCAUGUGACGAUGCUGAAAGGAAAUCUCGGUAAUUACAC